AUGUCUACACUCCAGGAAGAUGUUAGCGGUUCGCUAAAGACGAUAGUCGCUGAGAAGUUGAAGACGUUGCAGAAUUUUAAUGAAGAUGUGAAUUAUGUUGCAGAGUAUAUUGUACUAUUACUAUCUAACGGGGGCACGCACGAUUCUGUACUGCAGGAGCUGAUUGGACUAUUUGAUUCAGUAUCUCAAGAAGCCUUAGCAGGUGUUGUACAAACGUCAUUUCAGGCAUUAGAGCUGCUAAGGAGUGGAGAUAAUGCUGAGACGGUGUAUCGGAAGUUGGCUGGGGUGAUAGAGCCGGUGUCUGCGGCUGAAUCAGGAUCGAUGUCAAUGUCAAUGUCAGCACCUUCGGAGCCCACGGCUUCUACAGCGGCAACAAGUGUUCCCAAGUCAGCGUUUGAGGGUAUGGUUGAUUUGUCGGGGUCAAAGUAUGCAGGGAAGGGAGUUUCUGGGAUGUCUCGUGGUAGUGGCGGUAGCAGUAUCGGUAGUGGCAAUGGAUUUAAACAUAGGACGCCAGGAGGCCGCCAGGGAGGUGUUGGAAAGUUUCAAAAUGGGGCCAGAAGGGGCGAGUCUCAGCACCAUGUGACCAGGCACAAAACGAAUGCGCUUGCGCGCGCACUUGGAUUCAAUGAUAAUGAUGCUGGAACAACUACUGUUAGUAGUUCCGUAAACAUAAUUCCAAGAAAAGAAGGUCGUUGCAAAUUGUUCCCACGUUGCCCCUUGGGAAAGUUCUGUCCGCACGCACAUCCAACGAAGGUAUGUCGGGAUUAUCCAAACUGUACAAAUGCUCCAGGUACUUGUGAGUUCUUGCAUCCGAAUGAAGAUGUGGAGUUGAUGAAGGAUAUGGAAAAGACGAGGGAGGAGUUUAGAGAAAAGCGGAUUGCUCUUGCACAAAGCAGGACGAAGCCUGUCCAUACAGGUAUUGUUUUAUGUAAGUUUGGGAUACUGUGUUCGAAUCCGAUGUGUCCGUUCGGUCAUCCGACACCGGCGAACGAAGAUUCCAAGGUAAUACAAUUUGUAUGGUGUCCACAGAAUCUAACAUGUGAUAAGAAGGAUUGUGACAAAGCACACUCGUCACUUUCCAAGAUUAGGGAGGUGCAGCCUAUGGUAGCCAGCACACGGCCUAAAGCGGCAGCGUCUAUAGAAAAGUCGUUGGAGCAAUGUAAAUUUGGUAUGAAGUGCACGAAUAAACGGUGUAAAUAUAGACACGCGCGCUCUCACGUCAUGUGUAGGGAAGGUGCGUUAUGCACGAGGAUCGAUUGUUUCUUUGGCCAUCCAGUUAACGAGGCCUGUAAGUUUGCAGCCGAAUGUAAGAACCAGUACUGUUUGUUCCAGCACCCAGAGGGCCGUACCUUACCUGAAAAGGCUGGAACUGCAGGCGAUGCGCCUGCAGGCCCAUGGCCUGCUCCUCUACUGCCUGUUGGUAAUCAAUCCACCAAUGAGAGGCCCUACGCGAUCGCUGAGUCAUCUGGCAUUGAGCCGGCGCCAGUCCAAGAGUCUGACGGCGAUGCCACAAUGGCUUAA